UCUGUCGCUGUCAUUGACGAAAUUUCCUGGUGUGAAGUGAGCCUCGCUGGAUAUCAACAAUAGAUUGAAACGAACCCCCAAAUGAUGGUUUGCUGUUUCCAUGCGAUUCUAAUCCGCAGUAACGCUGGAAAUAACAUCUGACAGCUCGGGGAACCGCAUUGGGUUGCCACUCGCCAUGUUAAGAUAAAGACACAGAUCUCUGUGUUGAACAUGCUAAAGCGAUUGGAUAAGAUCAGGUUCAGAGGACCGAAGCGAGAUGAGUUCCUGGACCUUGCCGAGUCCCCCACUGCAUCUGACAGCGAGUGUAAUGAUGACAUCCCAGUAAAACACCGGAGCUCCAUCAAAGAAACGGAAGAGCAGCGAGACCCUGCAGGUUCAGGGACGCUCACCAUGUCUGCUGCUCCCAUCCAGGACUACAAGAUAAGCGAUACCGACCGACUCAAUGAGGUUAAAGGUCACCUGGAGGUAGCCUUACUGGAAAAGCACUUUCUUCAGGAGGAGUUAAAGAAGCUCAGAGAGGAGACAAAUGUUGAGAGCCUAAAGCAGGAACUUGAGAAAGAGAAAUCCAAAAGAGUCGAUCUCGAACAGAAAAUGAAUGAAAUUCUCCGAUCCAGACUAGAAGAUUCACCACCUCCACCUCCAAAACCACAAGUCCCUUCUGUCAAUGGAACGGGGGACAAACAAAAGGAGACCUUUAGCUCUCAGCUGUGGAAAUGGCUCUAUGAGCGCUUUGGUGUUUAUAUCGAAGAUUUCCGCUUUCAGCCCGAGGAGAAUACAGUCGAGACUGAGGAACCACUAAGUGCUAAAAGAUUAACUGAAAAUAUGAGACGACUCAAACGGGGUGCUAAGCCUGUUACUAACUUCAUGAGGAACCUUUCUGCCUUAUCCAGCUGGCACUCUGUCUACACGUCAGCCAUCGCCUUUAUUAUCUAUAUGAAUGCUGCCUGGCAUGGCUGGGUUAUCCCCAUGUUUCUAUUUUUAGCCAUUCUACGGUUGUCCUUGAAUUACUUCAUUGCAAAAGGUUGGAGGAUACAGUGGAGCAUUGUGCCUGAAGUCUCCGAACCAGUGGAACCUCCAAAGGAAGAUCUUACGGUUUCAGAGAAGUUUCAGUUAGUGUUGGAUGUUGCACAGAAAGCUCAGAAUCUAUUUGGAAAGAUGGCAGACGUAUUGGAAAAGAUUAAAAACCUGUUCAUGUGGGUGCAGCCUGAAAUCACCCAGAAGCUGUACCUUGGUUUGUGGAUGGCCUUCAUCACCUCUUGUUUGCUGCCAUAUAAACUCUUGGGCUUCAUGAUUGGUAUCUAUGCUGGCAUCAAAUUUUUCAUCAUUGACUUCAUCUUCAAAAGCUGCCCUAAACUGAGGGAAAAAUACGACACACCCUACAUUGUGUGGACCAAUUUACCCACAGACCCACAACUCAAAGAGCGUAACAAUGCCACUUUGAACAGACGGCUGUCUGGGUUUGAAAAGCAGAUCCAGCCGGUGGUGGCGCGGGGGAAUCAGUCGGCAGGGAUGUCGUGUGGGAUUGGCCGAGAGGAGGAAAGUGGUCGGGCCUACAAUACCAAAAGAGGUCCUUUUCAUGAAGUCUUCAACUUGUCAGAGAAUGAGCGCCCCCUGCCAGUGUGUGAGAAUGGAUGGCGAUGUUGCUUGAUCAACAGGGACCGAAAAAUGCCCACCGACUACAUCCGCAAUGGUGUCCUCUACGUCACAGAAAAUUACCUGUGUUUCGAGAGCUCCAGCUCCCGGGCGACAUCCUCAAAGAAAAAUAAAGUCAUCAAGCUCCAAGACAUCAUUGAUAUUCAGAAGUAUAAAGUGUUGUCAGUAUUGCCUGGAUCUGGCAUGGGGAUCUCGAUUACAACACCAUCCACUUUAAAGCCUCUAGUGUUUGGUGCCAUGAUUCACAGGGACGAGGCCUUUGAUGCCAUUCACACUCAGUACAUGAAGACCGUGAAUUCCACAGCAGCUACCACAGUCACAAACCCAGAGACAUAGUCUCACCCGGAUCAACAUAUGACAUAAGGUAGUCCAUAAGGCAGCCCUAACCUUAAUGUACCACUCUCCUAUACCCCUGUAUGGAAACGAUGGCUUCCAGAAGUUGUCCGCCCCAUCUCCAACCCAAAACGAUGGAGAAACUGCAAAGAAACUGUUUUUCAUAUUCUCUUUUAGAUUCUACGUGAGUUAUUAGGAGGAGUAUUUUAUAUAAUGUUCUCUCAAACAGCAUACCAUAAUCUUACACAAGUGCUUGUCUGGAUAGGUCUUGUUUUAUAAGGUUAUGGGUUUGUUGUGCUUCUUACUUGUGUGUCAGAACAGGAGCUGGUACUCCUUUGUGUGAUCCGUGUGUAGUCAGACCAUAUAACCGUCUCUGAACUUACCACCAUUUUCACUUAAUUGCAUCACCGCUGGCCUUGCACAAAGAAACACUGCACUUAGUGUUGCUGAGAGCUUUUAGAUGUGAUUUAAGAGGGAAAGAAAACAGAAAUCCACAUGUGCAAAGCAGCUCGUAACUGCCGGCCACAUUGUUCCAUUGGGGCGCGCCAACUUUCUCUUCAGUAUUUGUGAUACUUAUGUUAACUUAUCACAUAGGUACAACCUCAUAUUUUAAAGGUGCACAUAAAAACUUAACAUUUUGCGGUUCAUUUUCCCUUAUGUUGUUUUAAACUUGUAAAACACAAAAGGAGAUAUUAAGGCAGAAUGUCCAAGCUGCUCUUUUCCUUACAAUGAAAGUCAGUUGUUUAAAGGGGAUAGUUUACCCCCCCCCCCCAAAAAAAAACCCCUGUUAUCAUUAACUCACACUCAUGUUGUUCCAAACCGGGGUGACUUUCUUCCUUAAGCGAGAUGCAAAAGAGAUAUUCUUGAAGAGAUUUUAACUCUCUUUGGCCAUUCAAUGUAAGUCAUUGGGGUUCAAAUCAACAGUGGACCCCACUGGCUUUUACUGUAAGGACUAAAAACAGUCUGACAUGCUUUUAAUAUAUUAUCUUUUGUAUUCUGCAAAAGAAAGUAAUUCAUACAAUAUGUAAAUGACAGAAUAUUAUUUUAAGAAACUCAUACUAGUUUGGAACAAUGUCAGGAUGGAUAAAUAAUAAUAAAAUUGUCAUUUAAUAAUAAAAGCACAAAAGAUCACCAGUCUUGCCCAUAAAAUGAAUGUGCACAAAUAAAAAAGACUUUAAAAUAAGCAGGGGUAAGCUGGUUUUGAUCAUAUAUUCUCAUUCCUUGUCACUGAGUCCUGAGGUUAUUGAAGUAUUUAAUGCCUUUUUGAAUGUUGGCACUGGUUAGGUAAAUGUGCGGUACAGUACGCUCAUACUAGUCAACCAUCGAACAGGUCUUUGGGGUUAAAUCCAUAGAUUACUAACAUUGUAUUCCAAUGUAAUUACAGUAAAGGAAUUACAGACUAAUUUUCUGUAAUGGGUGUAGUAUGUUGAUUUUUUUUUUUUCAUAAAGUGUGUGUAGGGGAAUUCUAAAAUUAACAUUCAUAAAGGAUCUACUUCCAAAUAUACUUGUACUCAUUCAUGCAUGCGUUUUGUUUUUACUUUUGACUAUGCAGAGUUUAGUAGCUCCUUUCGGAUUAAAGGAGGUCUUUUCUCUCUUAAAGAGAAGAUUCAUACGGUACAUUGUGAUUGUUUUGGGCUUAUUUGUCCCCAUCACUUUUCUUGGUUUUCUCAUUUUUAUGCAUUUCAAAGUGUGCUGUGCUAAAUUGCACUUAGUUGCUUUUUUUAUUUGUUCUCUCCAUUUUAAGCCUUUUUUCUCACCUGCCUUAUUCUGCCUUAUUUUAUUUUGUUCUUUAGAGCCAUUUGACACUUUAAAUUUUCUUCCUUCAAAUCAUUUUGAGUCAGUAUAUGUCUGUUGGGGUUAGACUCUGAACUCCUUGGAUGCGGUUUACCAAGUUUACGAAAUAGCACUUUUUGGCUUUCUAAAUACCACUUAUAUAGUGGAAGACCAUUUAGUUAGAAUAAACAUUAUGCUAAUAUUGUCUCCGCAGAAGUAUAUAUUUAUCAAACACAUGAGUGUGCACCUUGGUUUUGUUCAUUUCAUCUUUUAACAUUUAUUUCUAAAAACAAAUUCCAUUAAUUAUUGACUCUUAAAGUGGAAAAAUUGUCAUUUGCCAAAUAAAUGUGUAUUGUUGUUUGCGCUCUGUUUCUGCCCCAAAACAGUUCUGUUUACAGACAUUUGUGUUCCACAAAAGGCUACUUUGAUCCCUGGACAAAUGGGGGCAUGAAAAUUAGCCUGUUUUGCCUGUGGUGAAUGUUGAAAAAUCAUGAAUUUUAAAUGCCUUGUUAAAACAUUUUAUUGUUCUUUGAAUUGUAACACAUUCUUCAUCCAGAAUAAGAUUAUUGUUCCCUGGAAGUUGUUGGUUAUAGCAUGGAGGGGUGGUGUUGUAGUAUUUCUCUCAGUGCAUUUCCCUAUUCAAGUUGUUUUUUGUUUCAGUCAAAUAUCUGUUUAGUUGGUUGUAACACAAUCACAUUUGGUCCAGUCACCCAACAACUGUGUUUAGACUUUGCAGAGGAACAACCACUGGGGUCCACUGGAGUCCUGCUACUCUGAGACUUAAGUGAAUCUCGUGCUGAAUGUGACUGGAAGUUUGUAUUUACACUGGAUGUACAUGUCUGGUAAACUCUUUCCUGCUGUCCUCUGAAUAGUCUUCAUUGGAGAAGAAAUAAACUCUUUGAGAUCUUUGUAA